GCGCCCGGCGGCUGCGGCUGCCUUGCGCGGUCAGCCGGGGCUGCCCACCCGAGGCUGGCGGCGGGGGCGGCCCGGCCCGCCUGCCCAAGCUUGUCAUCGUUGUCCCGGAGCGGCCGCGCUGGGGCAAGAAUGCUGCCGCCCGGCCGGGGCUUGCUCUGGCUUGGCCUGGUCCUGGGCUCUGCCUGCGCCUCCCUCGGAUCCGCGGCGCCGGGCAGCGUCGCCACAGAUGCUCUGAAUGUCCUUCUAAUCAUCGUGGAUGACCUGCGCCCCUCCCUGGGCUGUUACGGGGACAAGCUGGUAAGGUCCCCAAACAUCGACCAGCUGGCAUCCCACAGCCUUCUCUUCCAGAAUGCCUUUGCCCAGCAAGCGGUGUGCGCGCCGAGCCGCGUGUCCUUCCUCACCGGGAGGAGGCCGGACACGACCCGCCUGUAUGACUUCAACUCCUACUGGAGGGCGCACGCCGGGAACUUCUCCACCAUCCCGCAGUACUUCAAGCAGAACGGCUACGUGACCGUGUCCGUUGGAAAAGUCUUUCACCCUGGAAUAUCUUCCAAUCAUAGUGAUGAUUCUCCGUACAGCUGGUCUCUUCCGCCUUAUCACCCCUCCUCUGAAAAGUAUGAAAACACCAAGACCUGUAAGGGACCAGAUGGAGAACUCCAUGCCAACCUGCUGUGCCCUGUGGAUGUGGCGGAGGUGCCCGAGGGCACCUUGCCUGACAAGCAGAGCACCGAGCGAGCCAUCCAGUUGUUGGAAAAGCUGAAGACGUCGGCCGUUCCUUUCUUCCUGGCUGUGGGCUAUCACAAGCCUCACAUCCCCUUCAGAUACCCCCAGGAGUUUCAGAAGUUGUAUCCCUUGGAGAACGUGACCCUGGCUCCUGACCCCCAGGUCCCUGCCGGCCUCCCUCCCGUGGCCUACAACCCCUGGAUGGACAUCAGGCAGCGGGAGGACGUCCAAGCCCUAAACCUCAGUGUGCCCUAUGGCCCAAUUCCCGCGGACUUUCAGCGGAAGAUCCGCCAGAGCUACUUUGCCUCUGUCUCGUAUGUGGACACGCAGCUUGGCCGCCUUUUGAGCGCUCUGGACGAUCUCGAGCUGGCCCGCAGCACCAUCGUGGCUCUUACCUCGGAUCAUGGCUGGGCUCUAGGCGAACACGGCGAAUGGGCCAAGUACAGCAAUUUCGACGUCGCCACGCGCGUGCCGCUGCUGGUCUACGUCCCGGGGCGGACGGCCCCGCUUCCUGAGGCAGGCGGGCGGCUCUUCCCUUACAUCGACCCCUUCGCUUCCGCCUCCGAGUCCAUGGAGCCAGGCCGGCAAGCCAGGGACCUCGUGGAACUCCUCUCGCUCUUCCCCACGCUGGCGGGGCUCGCGGGCCUGCGCGUCCCUCCUCGCUGCCCCGUCCCCUCCUUUCACGUGGAGCUGUGCCGAGAGGGCCGGAACCUGCUGAAGUAUUUUCAGUUCGGUGACCUGGAAGAGGAGCCCCACGCGCGUGACAAUCCCCGUGAGCUGGUGGCCUAUAGCCAGUACCCCCGGCCUGCAGACGCUCCUCAGUGGAACUCAGACAAGCCGAGUUUAAAAGACAUCAAGGUCAUGGGCUAUUCCAUACGCACGGUGGAUUAUAGGUAUACCGUGUGGGUUGGCUUCAGCCCCCGGGAAUUUCUGGCUAACUUUUCAGACAUCCAUGCAGGGGAGCUGUACUUUGUAGACUCUGACCCUUGGCAGGAUCACAACGUGUAUAAUGCCUCCCGGGGCGAGCCCUUCCCCCACCACUGAUGCCAACCCCAGAGGGCACGUAACGUGCUCCCCUGCCGCUGGCGAGAGCAGGAAUGAGAGCCGGUUGCUGCGUGAUGACCUGUAAUAUUGGAAGCAACCCGAGGGGUAGGCAGUCAAAGCAGGCAUCAACAAUUUGGCCCAAGAAUAUGUAAUAGCCGAAACUUUUGAUUUUAUCUUUAUAAAUUGCACAUUGGUCAUUGAACUGGGGCUGAACCUUUUCCGCUUUUUUUUUUUUCUUUUUUUUGAACAGUCCUAGCUUUAUUUACUGAAUGAGUAAGGGUGGAGGGAGCGCACUGAAAUGGUCAUUCUUUUAGAGGUCAAGACCAUAAUAACCAAACAUAACACUGUACUCACUCAAGAAACGCUUUAGUUAUUUGUGGGAUUUAGUACCUUUCCAAAGGUAACCACAUAUCAAAUAAGGUUGGACAGUCAGUUCCUGGUUCUUUUGUUUGUCAUUUAAUAAUAUAUCUUAUUUAACCCAAUAUAUUCAAGAUACUAUGUCAACAUGUAAUCUAGGUUUCUUUCUAAGACCACAGAUUUUCAAACCCCAAAAUAAAAUACGCGUUCAGUGAUUAAUGUGGAAUUUGUCGUUCAAAUAGAUAAUGUUCAGUAAACUGGAAGCAUGAGAUGUAUGAGAAAUGCGGUUAAUUUUUCGUAAGAGACUUUCUGGCCCAAAGAAUAAAUUGUUAGCAAAUAAUAUGACCCUUGAAGCCAAAGGCCACCUAUUAAAAGGCAUCUUUAUUCACAGUGGAGAACAGCUAAAGGCAUAACUGUAUCCAUGAAUCGAGUCAUUCAGAACCACUGGUGUUCGCCUUCUCUAGGGAUGGUUGAUUGCAACACCCCUUAUCCAGGAGGCAGGAAAUCGUCUACUUUUCCUUUUAUUAAAUUCUAAAUUAUUUUGAGAACUGAAAACUUUUCAUGAGUAUAAUUUUAGGCGAUUUCGAAUCCUCCAGAACAUAGUUCUGUAUUCCCUAAAUAAGAAAGCAACCAGAAGGGCAGGUGGUAGUCAUAAGCUUAUUAGUCUGUGUCAUCUUAAAAGGAAUGGAACAGUCGCAGGUCGUAUUUACAGCGUGUUAAAGUUGAUUAUCCGUAGUCACCAGAAGAGUCCAGCCCUUUCUUGAUACACAUCUAAUGUAGUCCUGUAUCCAAGUGAAUAACUUCUAGCCGUUGUUUCUUUGCAAGUGCUGCGUCCGUGUUUAAAGGUAAAUGUUUGUGAAACAAAAUGAGAGCAAAUUAAGUUACUGCACUGCAUUAAAUUGUGACCAAAAAGGCAAGAUAUUAUAUUGAAAGAUUACUUCAGACCAGUACAAUUUUAAAUACAGAUUAUUUUUCACCAAUUCGCGGACAGCGGAGGCUUCUGCGGUAACACCCCAAGCUUCGGUCGACCACGUGGCGUCAUGUUAUGGCAGCAGUUUCUUCUGGAGGAGGAAGGGGCCCGACUGGUCUCUUGGGAUCCCGCAGCUCCUCUCUCUUCUGGAAGCCUCAGCUUUUGCAGAUGGUUUCCCGCCGCCUUUUCUUCCUCCUCCGUCCUCCUCUCUCUCGCUCACGUCAGUAUCACUUGACGAUGCAGAUUCCUCAGGACCUGUUUUCCGUGGGCUUAGCUUUAUUGCCCGCUCCACAGUUAAAAGGCUACGUCGUGACAUAGACGACUCUUCUGCAUCCGUUUGUUGCUCCUGGUUGGCUGUACCGUGUACACAUCAUCGAUUUUUCUCACUUGAUUUCGUGAGGCAGAGUUUGAGCAUCCAAACCCUCCAGAUCCUGCCCUCGAUGAAGCUGUAGGCGGAACUGAGCCGGAGGGAGCCGGGGGGCCGUGCCUGGGGGCCGUGCCCGGGGGGCUGGGCGGCUGCCGCCUGGCAGUAACUCGCCCGCGUGACCGUGACCGAAGCCGCAGCCGGGCCGGGGCCGCUUUGGGGUGUUUAGCGUGUAGAUCUGUCUGUGCUGGAAGGGCUUCCGCUCUCUCUGGCUCUUCGCUUUCCCUGGCCCCCCUGUGCCGGCCUCUGCUUUUAGAAGCGCGGGCUGCCUCUCGCGUUCAGGGGUGUGCUCCCCUCAGUCAGCUCGGUCACUUUCUGCGGUUUUGACACCGAGCCCCGCUGGGAGCCUCUUUCGUGCAUCUCCGGUGUUCCUCGGACGGGAAGCUGCUUUGUGCUUUUCAGACGUCAGAGUCGACCAGGUUCCUCAUCUCGAUUCGGCUUAGAGAAGCCCCAUCUUGGUUGCUUCGCUGAGCUUUCCCUGAUCCCCCUGAGCUGGGCAUGAUGUAAUUCUCCAGUCGCUCUCCAUAGAAAUCCCGAUUUCACUGGCGUGAGGGGUUCUCUUUUGCCGUUUGGCUGGAACCCGAACUAGUCAGCCCGGAAAUUUGGAAUGGCCCUAAUCCAGGGGCUCACCCACACGAGGGUGCAUCAGAAGGCCGCCACGGUUCUGAUCCGCGAGGCAUGGAAGGGCGCUGCCCUAGACCCCCUCUGCAUCGGAGCCGGACCCGCCUGGCUGUUGGCAGGCUCCUUCCGGGGCCUGAGUCUCCGCUCCGCCUUGGCCCGCAAAGCCUCCUCGGGCGGGCAGGCGGGCAGUGAGUGAAGCAGGUUUGGUUGACGCUUGGCACAGGGAGUUCGCUCGGCCUCCCCCGCCCCAGUCUCAUCGCCAUCGCCCAGCCCUUUGCACCUGCUUCCCAAGUAGCCACCCUCCCCUCCUCUCUCCGCCCUCGGUCCUGAAGAAUCCACGUGUCUUCCUGAAAUCCCUCUUUGAUCCUGCCCUUUGAGAACACCGUUAGUGCCUACUACUGGGUCUGCACAGACCUCCGCUGAGCAGUCAGAGUCUUCCCUGACUCCACAAAGCCCCUUUCCUCGGCUGACCAGUUCACACGCUGGUCCCUGACUCUCCCGUGCCAGCCCGUGCCUCCCCGUCCACAGUAGGUUCUCCCGUCCCCUCUUCCCCGUCCAGCCAAUCAUGCUCAUCCUCCAGGCCGCUCUCACGCCCCCGCUUGCAAGAGGCCAGGGCUUUGGACUCUCUAGACCGUGUCAUGGGUGAAAUGCUCGUCGCCAAAGAAUCCUGUGGUCACCGUACUUUAAAGAGUGGCGUUUUUUCCCCUGAUGAUAAAGUUGUGUUAAUGUUAGAAAAAUUGGAAAAGACAAAUGGAGUAAAAACUAAGAAAAUGCAUUAGUAUUUUACACCAAGAUGGUCACUUAAUAUCUUGUCUUUUUGGGGUGUAAAUUUCUGACAUCGUGAUCAUAUGCAGUGUCACAUCCCUGCUCUUUGACCAAGUAUUAUAUGUGGUUCUUUCAGAUCUUUGCCAAGGUACUUUGUACUGGUGGUAAUAUAUUUCGUUGUGUAGUUGUAUCAUAAUUUACUUAACCUUCUUUCAAUUAUUGGAAAUGUAGUCAAUUCCCACGUUCUCAGCGCCGUAGAUCCUGUUGUGAUGAGCAGCUCUGAAUCGUGUUUUUUUGCGCAUGUCAAGAAUUCCCUUAGGAGGCGCUCGUAGUGCCACAUUGUAAAGCAUCUCUCCCCGCUGUCCUUGCUGCCUUAGGGCAGUGAAACUAAAAAUCAAGCAAACAAGCAUACAAAUAAUACCCUAACAGCCGCCAAACAACCCCCGACCCCCGUAAUAAUAGGUGCAAGUGGCAUCUUGUUUCCGCUUUGAAUUCUUUGCUUCUUAGUGACCUUGAGCAUUGCUAUUUCUGUCUGAUUGUUGGGCACUCGUGUUUCCAGUUGUGUGGAUUUGCCUUUAAAUUUUGAUGAUGGGUUUCACUUUUUUAAAGUAAUCCAACAAAUUGCUCUUUUCCGAUGUGAUUUUCCUCUGUCUUUUCCUCUUAAACAUGGAGACCCUUCCAACUCCGGCGAUUUAAUAAAUAUGCAUACUCCUUUG